AUGGAUGGCAAUUUGGAUUCAUCGUACACAAUUUUCUUUGAUUUAUUCAAACCAGACGAAUUGAUUGGAGAAGCGUUUCUACACGGCGAAUCAAACAUCAAAGCCACAGAAUAUCUAGGGGUUCUAGACAAGAAGAAGCUAGUCAAUUUCACAGAAGAUCUAUUUGCUGAUCCUUGGACCAAUCUUGUGUUUUCGCAUAAGGACGUCUUCACCGACCUUCCAAAGAAAUCAACAACUUCUGGAGAUUUAGUCAGAACAUUAAACAGUCUUACACCAAGUGAAAGUCUUAUUGAGCGUAAGGUUAAAGAAUUAAAGCUCCGUGAAUCAGAUAAGAUCGAUUACCGAUUUUCACGAAUAACAAUUGAGGUUGCAGACAUGAACGGUAUUGAUUUGCAUUCCAACGAGCCGUUAAAGGCCAAAUUGCUCGGAUAUGGCGUGAUCCGGCUAUUUAAAGACCGGGACGAGACACAAUCGGAUAUACAAGAGGCACACGUCAAGGGCGACGAGACAAUGGUGGCGAUUUUGAGUGUUCCCUUCUACUUUUCGGCAAGUGAUCUUCUGUUGGGGUUUUUCAACGCAAAAGUGAGGAAUCAGGUGACCCAUUUCAGGCUGAUCAGGACCCAGACCCCUAAUAGAUUUAUGGUUCUGAUGAAGUUUAAAAACCACAAAGACGCCCAGGAAUUUGUUGAUAAUUACAACGGAGCACCGUUCAACUCUAUGGAACCCGAAACGUGCCAAGUGGUAUUCAUUAAAGAGAUUCUUUUCCGUCCCAACAAGCACGAGCAUGAAACUUUGAGCACAAUACCUUAUUUAUUGGACGACCCAUUCACAACCAAUGAUACGACGACCGUUAAUACUUCGUCACAAAUGAUUGAGCUGGCGUCUUGUCCUGUCUGUUUGGAACGGUUGGACUCCACAAUCACCGGAUUACUAACAAUUCCUUGCCAGCACACUUUCCACUGUCAAUGUCUAUCCAAAUGGAAAGACGACUCCUGUCCAGUUUGUCGAUACUCUGCUAAACUUGAUGUGCGCCAAAACAUUGCCUCCGAGCAGGAAGAGAAAUGUCUUACAUGCGGAGCCAGCGAUAACCUGUGGAUCUGUCUGAUUUGUGGCCACAUUGGCUGCGGAAGAUACGAUCUGGGCCACGCAAUUGACCAUUACAACGAAACAUCGCACUGUUUUGCCAUGGAAACAACGUCGCAGCGGGUUUGGGACUACGCUGGAGACAACUACGUCCACAGACUUGUUCAAAACGAGGCAGAUGGAAAGCUGGUGGAGCUGCCAGUUCGCAGCGGGAAGGAAAGAGUUGCUGGAUCCAGCAGCAACGAGGAAAAAGUGGAAAAGAUAGGGUUCGAGUACUCCAAGAUGCUGAUUGCGCAACUGGAGUCGCAGCGAGAGUACUACGAAAUGAAGUUUGAAGAAGCAAACAACAAGGUCUUGUUGGCUAACGAUAAUUUACAUGAAAUGAAAGACAACAUUGCAGAGCUCAAAAAGGAGUUUGACAAGCUGAAACAGUCCAAGCAGGAUACACCCAAACCUGUAAAAGACGUGGAAACAGAGAAAAAAUACAAGGAGGAGCUUCUUUUGAACCAGGCUUUGUCUGAAAAGAUUGACUACCUGUCAAAGGAAAACGAAGAGUUGAAAGCGAAAAACACAGAAUUGCAAGAACAAGUGACUGAUAUUAUGUUCUAUUUAGAAUCACAAGAAAAGUUCAAAAAUGCAUCGAAUGAAGUGAAGGAAGGAAAAGUCAUCAUGAAACCUGGUCGCAAGGGAAGAAGAAAAUAA